CGUGGAUCCGCCUCGCACUUCCGCGUCCUCCGUGAAGCAGGAAGCUGCAGCUGUUUACCUGCAGCGACGUGACACCGGUGCCAGGUGUGUGAGUGGGGGGGGCAGCAGGUGCAUGGAGGCUCGCUGAUGAUCCACGGACACGCCGCGGGACUCUGACACCCCCACGCCAUGCCCGCCGGAGUGUGCGGCUGCUGCGGGCCGCUGAGGCCGAGGUACAAACGCCUGGUGGACAACAUCUUCCCCGAGGACCCCAAAGAUGGCCUCAGUAAGUCCGACAUGGAGAAGCUGACCUUCUACGCCGUGUCGGCCCCGGAGAAGCUGGACCGGAUCGGAGCCUACCUGGCCGAGAGGCUGAGCCGGGACGUGGUGCGACACCGAUACGGGUACGUGGUGAUCGCCAUGGAGGCCCUGGACCAGCUGCUGAUGGCCUGUCACUCCCAGAGCAUCAAACCUUUCGUGGAGAGUUUCCUGCACAUGGUGGCCAAGCUGCUGGAGUCCCGGGAGCCGGACCUGCAGGUCCUGGGGACCAACUCGUUUGUGAAGUUCGCCAACAUCGAGGAGGACACCCCGUCCUACCAUCGCCGCUACGACUUCUUCGUGUCCCAGUUCAGCUCCAUGUGCCACUCCACUCACGAAGACCCCGAGACCAGAACCAGGAUCCGCGUGGCCGGCAUCAAGGGCCUCCAGGGAGUGGUGAGGAAGACGGUGAACGACGAGCUGCAGGCCAUCAUCUGGGAGCCGCAGCACAUGGACAAGCUGAUCCCGUCCAUGCUGUUCAACAUGCAGGACAGCGAGGACCCGGAAAGGACGGGGCAUCCCGGCACGCCCCUGGCGGCCAGCCAGGACGGCGAGGAGAACCCGGCGGCACUGGCGGAGAGCUGCUUCAGGGAGCUGCUGGGCCGAGCCGCCUACGGGAACAUGAACAACGCCGUCCGGCCCGUGUUGGUCCACCUUGACCACCACCACCUGUGGGACCCCAACGACUUUGCAGUUUCCUGCUUCAGGAUCAUCAUGUACUCCAUCCAGGCUCAGCACUCGCACCACGUCAUCCAGCAGGUCCUGAGUCACCUGGACAACAACAACAAGAACACGCCGCGGGUCCGAGCCGGCAUCGUCCAGGUCCUGCUGGAGACCGUGGCCAUCGCCGCCAAAGGAUCUGUGGGGAUGAUCCAAGGGGCCAGAAGAAGUGAUGCUUUCAUCGAAAAUGAAAUCCCUAUCACGACUCCUCCCAAUCUGUGGCUCGGUCCCACCGUGCUGGAGGUUUUCAACACGCUGCUCAAACACCUGCGGAUGAGCGUGGACUUCGAGCUGGGAGAGACGUCCAGGAGGAACUCCAGCUCCAGCGUCUCGUCCAGCCGGCUGAAGGAGAGCGAGGAGCGGAUCGUCCAGAACGCCAUCAUCCAGACCAUCGGCUUCUUCGGGGGGAAUCUGCCCGACUACCAGCGAGCCGAGGUCAUGAUGUUCGUCAUGGGGAAGGUGCCGGUGUACGGGACGCCCUGCCACACCCUGGACACCGUCAAGAUCGGGCACCAGGGAACCAAGCGGAUCCAGACCAUGCUGCUCAGCUCGCUCAUCAUGGUGACCUCCGGCUUCAGGUCCAAGUCCAUGGCCGCGGCGCUGCCGCCCCCGUUCCUGGACCCGCUGUUCUCCAUCUCCCUGAUGGAGGACAGCGAGCUGCGGCAGCUGGUCCUGGAGAUCCUGCACAACAUCAUCGAUCGCCAUGACAACCGCGCCAAGCUCCGCGGCAUCAGAAUCAUCCCCAACGUUGCAGCUCUGAAGAUUAAGAGAGAGAAGAUGUCCAAACAAGAUGUUGCUUUCAUGAAGAAGCACGGCCAGCAGCUCUACCGCCACAUCUACCUGGGCUGCAAAGAGGAAGACAACAGCCACAAGAACUUUGAGCUGCUGUUCACAACCCUGGCCGUGCUGACCAUCGAGCUGGCCAACGAGGAGGUGGUGAUCGACCUCAUCCGGCUCUCCGUGGCCCUGCAGGACAUGGCUCUGGCCAACGAGGAGAACAUGCCCAUGUUCAUCCGCUGCAGCGUCAUGGCGUUGGUGGCGGCGUACCUCAACUUCCUGAGCCAGAUGAUCGCCAACCCUCCGUUCUGCCAGCACAUCAGCAAGGUUAUUGAAGCGAGGACCAUGAGCGCUCCGUACCUCCUGCCGGAGCACGUCUUCAGACUUAACUGUCCACUCCCUGAAACCUUGGACAAGGACGACCGGCCGCUGUAUUUCCAGACGACCGACGUAGCGGAGUGUCUGGCGGGACCGGGAUACAACGCGGAGAGACUGUCCGUCCCCUACAUCCCCCAGGUCACAGUCCUUUACACGGUAGGAAAGAUCCUGCACAGGUGCAAGCAGACGUCCAGAGACCGUCUCACCAGGAGGAAGAGCUUCGUGGACACCGUCUCCCUGCAGGUGGACAUCAUGUCCAGCAGCCUCCCGGAUAAGUCGCCGCUGGCCGAGGAGAUCACCUUCGAGACCCUGAAGAAGGCCAUCGACACCACCGGUCUGGACGAGCAGGAGCGGGAGAAGCGGCGCCAGGUGAUGGAGAAGUUCCAGAAAGCCCCGUUUGAGGAGAUCGCCGCCCACUGCGAGUCCAAGGCCAACAUGCUGCACGACCGCCUGGCCCAGAUCUUUGAACUCACCAUCCGACCCCCCCCCAGCCCGUCCGGCGUGGUCUCCCUCUCCACCGGACACCCCCAGCACCCGUCGGUGCCCGUCUACGAGAUGAAGUUCCCGGACCUGUGCGUCUACUGA